GUGAAAGCUAGAUUUUUAUUUCUGAAACAAUCAUGAUUAUUCUUUUGUAACGCCCUGUAAACAGAGGAAGUCCCGGUCUCGGUCUCCUGCCAAUUGUCAGUAAGAGCUUUCAACAUGAAACUCCUGCUGGCCGUUGUGGUGCUGGGAGCCGUCCUUCAGGGAGGUUCGGCCCACGUGUUUAAAAUGGGAUCCUGCAAGCCGUUUACUCCUAUGCAGAACUUCAAUCCCCAAAAGUUCAAUGGAACGUGGUACGUCAUCAAAAAGUUGGCAACGUCCAGCCCCUGCAUGAGGAUGACCAUCAUCACUUCGCCCUCAGACGCGAUCACUGUCGAAGAGACGAGGACGCCCUCCGUCUCCCAGAUGCUUCCAGUGGACACGUCAGUCAAGAUCAUUGGCGAACUCACCGUGGACCCCAGCAACAAGGCCAGCAUGAAGCUCAAGUGGAAAGGAAAUUUUAUGAAUAGCCUCUACAACACAAACUUAGCAAUCCUGGACACAGACUACACAUCUUACGCCCUUGACAUUGAGUGUCAGUCUCUCAAAGGAUUCAGCUUCAUCCGCCGUGAUUCAGCAACGAUUUACAGCCGCAAUACCACACUUUCUCAAGCUGUCAUUGAUAAGUUGGAGGCGAUGCUUGUCCCGUAUGAUAUUGAUGUGAAACGAAUGAGCCCUAUUGAACAGAGCAACUGCAAGCAACCUGGAGAUAAUGACUACAAUUUCGUACUGAGUGAUAAGGGUAUUACUCAGGAAUAAUUGCACUGGAUUAAAGUACACUUAGCAGCCUUAAAAAUUGACAAGUGAUUAGUAUCCUACCUGAUGCCCUUUGAUUUGUGAAAUCUGAAAUAGAUUCAGUGCUGCGCUCACGAUAAUUUCAGUGGUUCUAAGAGGAAUUCAAACUACUACUUUGUAUAAGGACUACAUUAUGUAUGAUAUCAAAAUAAAUUGAGGAUAUGGC